AUGACAUUACCCUCAUGUGCAAAAUGCAGUGCAGCUGUUGGGAGAGACAGAGCUUGUAGCACUGCUGGGAAGACCGAGGGCUCCGUCGGCUGCAAAGAUGCGCCCCAGUCCCAGCCCCUCCUCAGUCGGCCCUUGGAGGCUGCUGCUCGGGAGGAGAGGGCCGGGCUCCGCUGCGGGUCCAAGGGCAGCCCCCUCCCCGCCUCCCCCGGGGCAUUUCCUCUCGGCGUCAAGGAGGCGCAGCGGCGGGAGGGGGGGGAGCAGCGGCGUCCCUCCUGGCCUUGGCGGGCGGCCCGACCCUCCCCACCUCCUGCAACCUCGGCCGGGGGGGGGAGCGAGGAGCCGGCUCCGGCGGGCGCGGGGCUUGGCUGGCUGGGAAAGCGCGGCUGGUGGUGCGGAGACCCUCCUCCGGGAGGGAGGGGGCCGGGCAGCAGCCAGCCAGCCAGCCAGCCGGCGCGAUGGCGCUUCCGAGUUCGCAGCCAAACUUUGCACAGGCGGCGGCGGCGGCGGCGGCGGCGGCGGCGGUUCCUCGGGCCGGGCGAAGGGCACGCUAGAGCGGCCGCAGCAGGACAGCCCGCGCCAGUCCCGGAGCCUCCCCAGCGCCGGCGGAGCAGCAGCAGCAGCAGCGCCAACUCCCCGCCCCGCUCGCUCCGGCCGCCCGGCGCCUUGCAAGAUGAGCGGCCGGCCCGGGGGCGCCUCUUCCAGCCGCCGCCGCCGCCGCCGCUCCUCCCGGGCAAGAUGAGCUCCUCUCCGCGGAAGGAGGCGCCGGUCUCCCGCAAGCAGCGGCUGAUGGCCGCGCUGGCCCCCCCGCCCGCCGCGCCGCUCUGCUGCUUCGUGUGCGGCGGCGGCAUCGGCCGGGGCAAGGAGCUGCGCCUGCAAGUGCGCCCGGCCCGCGCCCACCAGCCCUUCUUCCCCUUCCUGCAGCAGCAGGAGCCGGCGCCCGGCGCGCGGGAGGUGAGCGCCGAGGGCUGCGCCCUGGUCUGCGCCGUCUGCCGCUGCUUCCUGGCCGAGCAGUGGGACGCCUUCGAGCGGGCGCGGACGCCGGUGGAGAAGCGCAUGUACUGGCUCAAGCGGCCCCACCAGUGCGAGGGAGCCGCGGGGGCGGCGGGCGGCGGGCUCGGCCGGCCGCCGAAGGAGUGGAACCUCGCCUACGCGCUGGGCACGGACGGCGGCGGCCCCGACGACCCCCGCGCAGAGCCCGCGGCCGCGCCGCCCGACGACGACUCCCUCUCCUCGCUCUCGGACGCCGAGACCCUGUCGGAGCCC